AUGGCCUUUCCUAAAGUGAUAGCAGCGUUCCACGCAAUCUACGAUGUGAUCGGUCUUCCUGGUAAUUUAUUGGUCAUAGUGACUAUCAUCUUGGAAUCAAGAUUUCAUGUGAUGCGAUAUAUUUUACUGGCAAGUCUCGCUUUAUCAGACUUUCUGCUGUUGGUCCUCGUCAACUCAUUCCGCAUCGAGAGCAUAGCGCAAGAACAAUGGUUAUAUGGCCAAACAAUGUGUCAUCUCAACCCAUUCUUCAUGAGGUAUUUCUACAUUAACACGAUUCUUCACUUGGUCGCAGUGUCUUAUGAUCGAUACCUAGCGAUCGUCAGGUCUCCUUUGACGUAUUAUGGCAACAUUACAAAAACCAGAGUAGCAUUUAUGGCUCUCAUCUGGAUAAUCCCGAUUCCGUUUACAAUCGGUCCAUUCCUUGGUUGGGGAAAAUACGUUUACAAUCCAGAGGUGUUCUACUGCGAGCACAGUGAAACAAAUAGAGGAAAAAGGGGUAUUCUACCGAUCGUUACCCUUACAGUACCUUUCCUUUACAUUGUCUUCCUAAACGUUUCAGUAUACCAGACGGCGAGAAGACAGAUAUACGACAUGGAAGUCCAUGUGCGUGGCCAUGAAGGUGCUGAAGGCCUUCAACAACAAGAGAGGAUAACAAGGCGACUAACGGAUCGCAAGGCAGCUGUUGAUGUCGCCAUCAUCAUCGCCGCAUUUCUGGUGUGCCUUCUCAUAGUCCGUAUUACAGCUCUUUGUCGCCAGGGAAUAGAUGUUCCAGCCGAGGCAGUUCAUGUUACAACGUGCAUUUACUUCCUAAGUACACUAUGCAACCCUAUCAUCUAUUCCAUCCGUAAACGAGAAUUUCGUAAAGCAGUGAAGAAAAUUUUCAGAAGGGCUGGAGCUUGUCGUGAUUCUAACGAAAACGGCACAAUUUGACUUAAAAUUUUUAGCCUGCGUAGCAAGUGCCGUUUUUUUCAGGGCGAAGAGAGAAAUUUCGAGGACGCGCGCACGAAAAUUGCGAGAAGUGACAACAAGACAGCACAAAAGUCGUCGAUUCACAAAUCAUCUCAAUCUUUUCUUUCUUUUGUUAUUAAGACAUAAACGAAAGUGCAGAUUUUCUGCUGAGUAAACUUCCGUGGGGCAUGUAUUUUCCAUACUGCACUUUCUCCCUCAAUUUGCUCAUGUGCAAAAGUGUCCGCUUUUUUCCAUCAUGGGUUUUUAAAACUUUUUCAACGUUGGGUUUUGCCAACGUUAUAAUCUAGGAAAAGCCGCACGGAGGUGGGACAGUGUAGUCUUGUUGUAGUCUUAUCCAGCGGUAACCGCUAGUUUAUGGUUUGUGGUACUUACUUCCACAUCAAUGCCAUUGAGGUAGCUUUUAGACAAGCAACAUAAAACAGGAAUAUGAAAUUCCUACUAAAUAAUGUAUAACUACAAAAACAAAAGGGAUCGAUUUAGAUAUAGACAUAAAAACUGAAAACAUUUAAUAAAAAAAAGGGUCUGCGACGACUUUAUGUCACUGAAUUGUCAAAUGUAAGAAAAUUAACAUGGGUGGCGAAUAAAUAAGAAAAAAAAAAGUGUGAAAAAGUACGCAUGCAUUAAGCAGGAAAAAGAGUAAAAAUGGCGGAAGAGGUUGACAAUCAGAAAUAAAAGGUUUCAUACUGAAUGAGUUGUGCUUGCAUGUUUAAGUAUCAGUCUAUUUGAUUCUUUUAUAAUUAGACUUAAAAAAAAGUUAAACGCUCAAGCAGUCAAUCUCCCUUGGCAUUACUUAAAAAUGUUUAAGUUCUCAUUAAGUUGGCCCAGUGUACUGGAUACAAGGACAAUAGGUAAUUUAAGGUUGAUCCAGUAAUGAGAGCUGAACUGCCGAGAGAAGCUUUUAAAAUUUUAAUUUGCAGAUGAUCACUAAGAACCGACACUUAUAUUAACACUCGAGGAAACUCCACUAGCGCCAAAUUUUUUGAUGCAGUUGUCAAUAACAACGUCACGGUGCGGACACUCCAACCCGGACACUUCAAAGAAUAUUGUCGAAUCACCUUUUCUGAAAACAAGGAUUCUGAACUUUAUUUGCAAACGAACCAAUAAAAUUCAAGGCUCAACUAUGCCACCGUUAACAACUUUAAAGCCGUUCGAACUUACCUGACCUCUCCAGAAUGAGCCCUUAAUUUAUGAAUGUUAUUGGUCUGUUUGCAUGCAAAUAAACUUGAAAAUCUCAUGUUUUCAGAAAACGUUAUGAUUGGACAAUCUUCUUCCAUGUGUCCCGGUUUGAGUGUCCGCACUGUGAGGUUCUUGCCUCUGAUGAUACAAUAUGCAAUUACUUUUUUGAAAUGAUCAGGUUUAACUUGUUUUUCCUUGAUUUUUGAGAAGUGAUUUUCACCCCAACAAACAAGGAAUAAGGGGAAAACAAACAGGGAAUCGAAAACUUUACUGAAAAUAAUACAUGUGUUCCAAUCAUAUGAUACUUUUCUAAAGUAGUAUCACAAUAUUUUGGUGUUCAUUAAAUAAAAGCGAUUUCUUGGAAACUUUAAGUCAAUAUAUCCUGUGUUUUUUGUUAUGGUGUAGAAUUAAGUGAACAUGAGCAUCAUGAACGGAACGAAAGAUGUGACGAACUUUUCCCAAGAAAAAUUUAAAUGUUAUUUGCAGUGUCAAUUUUAAAAGCACAUACAUUUGAUAAUAAAAGGGAAAAAAACAUAAAAACCUAUAUUUAUGUUACAUUACAUUCAUAAACAAAGUACACAACGAAUAAGCCAUUUCAGCCAUGGUCUUUCCUCAAGUGAUAGCAGCCUUUCAGGCUGUUUUCAACAUAAUCGCUCUUCCUGGAAAUUUAUUGGUUAUAGCGACGGUCAUCUUGGAAUCAAGCCGGUGAUUUUAUGUUAAGCGAUAUGUUUUACUAGCUAGUCUAGCGUUAUCGGACCGGCUGAUACUAAUCCUUGUUUUUAACAGUCAUUCCGCAUCGGAAUUACAGCGAAAGAAACCCUGGCUCCUAACACACGUCACGCAAGUAACUAGUUUAGACUGAGUGAUUGUAUUACUUGUAUAUCAUUCUGUUACCGGAUGUUGAACUUAGUACGUUAUUCGCACGGCAAUAACACUCAAUGCUCACAGUUCGAGCUGCACACCCAUUCCCGUCUGGUAGUAAAGAAUAUAAAGAGGAAAUAAGGUUGUCAUGGAAUACACAUUCACAAUAACGCCAAAAAAAGGCGGCUAACAUUAUAAACAAUCGAGGCCAUUUCCCUUCAAUUGAGGAAGUUAAUGAACAGGCACAAUAGACCUUAUUCACGAUACCCGCCAUCUUUUCGAAUCUUUGGACACGCUUACGCGCUAAUUGGAUAAAAGCAUAUGCCAAGUUGCACUGGGGCAAACAAGCCAAUAAAAAAAUCGUGGUUGUGUUUGUUUGGACAAGGAAUAAUUAUGUUGUUGUUUUCUUUUGAAUAAGAGCAAUUCGUAUCUCUCUUUGUAAAUCCAUUUUACUAAUCGGCUUGAGCCGCUCCUUAAGAAUCAGCUGUAAUUAUAGUUGAUUUUACUUCUCAACCAUACUUCUAUGUCACUGAUUUGUACAACAAAAAGAGCGAUCAGUUUUCAUCCAUCCAUUUCAAUAAAAGCAAAUCGAAUCACUUCUCACUAUAGCGGACAAACUCGAACCGUGACUUGGUUGUAUAAACAUGCGGCACCGAAGAAAGACGAAAAAGCUAACCCCGGAUCAAAUUAAAAUAUAUUAAGAUUUGAACUCGAAGCUUUAUGUAGUGCAAAAUAAUUAUUAAUUUUCUUUUAGCAGAACCACUUGUAAUAAAAUAAUAAUAAUAAUAGUAAUAGUAAUAAUAAUAAUAAUAAUAAUAAUGGUCUUUAAAAAAUUGAUUGAAAAGUCAAACCUCAAUCAAAAGCCACUGUAAAACGAAUACGACAAAACUGCGGCGAUUAAAAUGACAACUGAAUUUAAAAAAUUCAACGUCUACGCUUAUUUCGAGCAGGCCUACCUUUCUUAGGCAAUGUUGACACUAAAAAUGAUGGCUUUUCGUGGUGACACAAAAAGCUUUGAAAACCUCUUCGAUAUGUGACUCUCCGCUUGAGAGAUCAUCGCGGCGCAUCUUCGCUCUAUUAUAGAAAUAGCGCUGAAAUUACCGUACGGUUCUUAUGUGUGCUAAGAAAUCGGCCUUUCCGUGCAUGGUUACUGAGUUGUCAGAAGUGCGUUUCAUGCCGGUCACAAGUAUGAUUUCUGGUAAUUUCCCUCGGAAAUCUUGACUGAUUUUAAUAGCUUGUAUUUUCUACUUCCACUUCAAAUUUUCUGUCACAGUAUACCCUGGCUCCAGAGGUCCGUUCUCGAAAUAACUAAGAUGAAAUAGACCGUGCUCCUGGUGCUCACGCUUUGAUUUAGCUCCCGAGACGGACGUUUUAUUUUUCUAUCGGCGUUCAUGCCUCGUUGAGCGGCUUCACCGCGAACCAUCAGUAUUUAUCAGUAUCGAUAAGAAAAAAAUAAACUAAUGACUACAUAAAACAACUCGCAGUAGGUGUGACUUUCAGUAAUUUAAAUUAUUACAUGAAAAUUAGACGACAGAAUAAAUAUUUUACCGUGAAACUAUGAAUAUUGCAUCAAUCUUUACUAACCUUUGGUUUUCAGUGUGUUACCUUGACGAAAGUCUUUUCCAUUCACGUCUUUUUCCUUGAAGUUACAAAAUAUGGCAAAGUAAGUUGGAUAUUUGUGAAAGACUCUCCGUCCAAAGCAUUUUUAAUUCGAGUCUUCCUUUGCCAAAUAAAUAUUUUUCACAAAUUUUAAACGUGGCGCGCUGUACAAAAAUAGAAAAGCGUUUCUGAUUGGCUUGUUUAAUGCACGUGCUAGCGACAUUUUUGCUUGCAAUCAUAGUUAAUUAUAUGCAUCCUUCUCUUGGUUGUUCAGUUUUAAUUCAAACAGUUUUUCAAAUUAAUACAAUUUUGAAUCUGACGAAGAUAUGAGACACGUGGAAACAUGGCUAACAAACUAAGUGAAAAGCGUCGUAAUAGUUUUGAAACUCGUCAUUCAUUUAUUGUUUUUUCGAAAAAAUUGUGUUGUAUUGAGAGAUUUUAGAAUUCACUGUUUUCGCCGAGACCAUUAUGCACCAUGUUUACCUCCCAAACUUUUGCAUGACCAUUGACUUCGAUUUCUCUUGGGACGACUGUACUUGAUCCAGGAGGAAUUAGAAACAAUGGUUAUGUAAAAUUUUGGGUUUAAACACGGUGAAUUAUGGUGCAGGUCUCGUGUGAAAAGAGUGAACACAAAAAUUCUAUAAAUCCUACGGAACCGCAAUCCUGCUCAGGGCUUUUUUUUUUUUAUCCUACUCCCCUUUCUAGGACUUGCAACAAUAGAGGAAGGCCCCAUUUAACUUUUAGUAUAAAAUUCCCUUGUUGUUUUUUGUUUCAUAUUAUUUUCUGCUUCCUAGCAAACUGUAGGGGUACCCUGGUUGGGAAAUUCUUCGAAUCUGUCAUGAUGAGAGCAAGCCAGAGGGAUGGGGGGUGGGGGUAGGGGUGGUGCGAGGUUGGGGUUAGGGUUAGGGUUAUGUCGCCUAAAAAAUAUGUACCGUCCAACAGGGUUAGUGUUUGGAUUCCUCCUAGAACAAAGUGUGAACCUUGGCGAUGCGCAGUGUAUAAGUGUGUAACCUGCACCACAGACGAAACUAAACACUAUUUAAGUCGGAAGUCUGCGAACCAGCGCCAAAAUCCUUGUUCUGGGGCCUCCACCCGUGUACCAGGAUUUGAGUACGUGUCAUGGUUGGCCUGUUAAUUAAAAAAGCCUUGGUCGAUUUUCCAAUCAGGUUGAAAGGAAAUUCGAAAUGUACUUCCGAUAAUUCGUCGGGACCCAGAAGAAGGAUCUCAGCACUGUUUCGCAAACGUUACUAACCGAGAUUAAUAUAUUGAUUAAAAUACGUCUUCGACGCAGGCUAUACACUUUCUCAAAACCCGUUUCUGGUUUCUGCUUGUUAGUCCCGACUUCUUCGCUCGAUCGGUUUCGCUCGCUUCGCCUUCGGCACCCACGCAGUCGACUUACACCGCUCGACUAGUGGCUAAUUAACUUGUGGCAAGUCUACGCAGGUUACAGUAUAGAGUGUUUUCACAUGACGUCACGGCGGCCAUAUUGGUGUCCCAAAACAAUGAAACGGCGGCCAUGUUGGUGUCCCAAACCAGUCCUGUGGGAGUUGAACUCCUUUCUUAUGCAAACGCUUUCUUUUGUUCCAAACAAUUUGCAUAGAUGCUGGCCACGUGAGUGAAAACACUCUAUACCAGAGAAAAGAGGCCUCUGCUAGCAGGCUGCUAGCAUGCAAAUCACCCAGUGAAAUGGAAAUCCAAGAGAGUCUUGGAUUCUGGAUUCUACGCCGUGGAUUCCGGAUUCCAAGGCACUUGAUUCCAGUCCUUGUCAGUGGAAUUUAGAUUCUGGAUUGCAAGCCUUACAAGGAUUGCGGAUUCCUUGAGCUGUAUUCUGGAUUCCAAAGACGAGGAUUUCAGAUUCCACAAGCAAAAAUUUCACUGGUUUCGGAAUCCGGACUCCCUUAAAUCGGGCGAAUGGUCCCUUACAUGGGGCGAAUGGAAAGGCUACAGGUGUGGUACUCACAUUUAAUCUUUUUCUUUUCUAAUUUUUUCUUAAUCAGUUUUAAAAAAAUAACUUCAUUCGGUUUCGGAAAAUGAAACGAAUCAGGGUUAGGGGGAAAGGUCUCCUGUCUUAAUUAAACAUGGGAGCAAAAUGAACCAAGACUACUGAUCUUAAAAACAGAUAAACGGCAAACUUAUCCUGACGGCAAAGCGACGAGGAAGCUUACAGGGAGACGCCCCUGCAUUGGAACAGAGUUAUACUCUUCAGGAUUAUAUGCUUCUGUUUUGUACAAUCGUUUAAAUAGAAACUUAGCUAAACAAACUUGAACUGCAAAAUGAUCACUAUCGUAGAACAACUUUUAACUUAAUUUAACUUAAAGAGUGUCUAAAUGGGCUUUCAACCGACGUAUAUUGGUAAGCAAGUUAUGAGUUUCCCUUUAACAAUGAAAAAAAUUACAAAUAGUGCCUGGUUAUGAUAUUUUUCGUGGGCAACUAGUAAUUUUGGGUGCGUGACACCCGUCCAGCACUUUUUCUUCCAAUCCAAUAGAUCGUCCUUGAUCGUCCUUCUCAUGAUUUCCUGUCCAAUCAAACGCUGUCGUUGCCGUUUAAAUCUGAACAAGCUCCGAUCAUUCUGAACAUUUUCCUCACCGCGUUACGGAAUUCUCUUUUACGGAUGGAAUAGAUGAUUGGGUUACAUAUUGUGUUGAAGAAGAAAAUGCACAUUGUGACAAAAACUACCUCGGGUGGAAAAUUGAUUUCUGGGACAAACUGGCUACAAACACCUCUAAUCGAGCCCGGGAGAAAGCACAGAAAAAACGCGGUGAUAAUGAUGGCGACAUCGACAGCUGCCUUUCGAUCUCUUAGUCGCCUCGAUGCGAUCUCUUGCUGUUGAGGGCUUUCAGUAUCAACAGGGCCACCUACUCGGACUUCCAUCAUGGCUUUAAUCUGUCUUCUCACUGUUUUGUACACAGAUACGUUUAGAAACACGAUGAUCAGGAUUGGUACAAGAAGGAUCGCGAUGAAUGACACGAUCAUGUUUGUGGAGGAACCAGUCUGCACAGCCCAUUGCUGCUCGCAGAAGAAUACCUUUGGGUUGUAAACGUAUUUUAUAUUACCACGGAAUUGACCGAAAGAAACUGGAAUCACAGGGAUUAUCCAGAUGAGAGCCAAAAACAUCACUCUCGUCUUGGUAACGAUGCCAUCGUACGUCAAAGGCGACUUGACUAUCGCUAGGUACCGAUCAUAAGACACUGCUACUAAGUGAAAAAUGGUGUUGAUAUAAAAGUAUCUUGCAAAGGACGAGUUGAGAUUACACAUUGUUUGACCAUACAACCAAUUUUCUUGUGCUAUGCUUUCGAUGAGGAAUGAGUUCACGAGGAUUAACAGCAAAAAGUCCGAUAAAGCGAGGCUGGCAAGUAAAAUAUACCGCAUCACAUGAAAUCUUGGUUCCAAGAUGAUCGUUACUAGGACAAUGAAGUUACCAGGAAGACCGAUCAGGUCGAAAAGUGCGAGGAAAGCGGCUAUCACUUGAGGUAAAGCCAUGGGUGAAAUAGGUGAUGAGUCAUGUGCUUUGCAUUGCUUGACUGUUUUGAGCAAAGUAACACAAAUGAGUUUGCGGUAUUCUUAAAUGUAUGUGCUUUUACACCUGACUUGAAUAUUAUAAAAAAAUUUCUCGCACAAUGGUCGCUCUUAAUGCUGACGGAAAAUGGUCCAAAACAGUAAGAAAACGGAGGCCUUGGCUAUAAAAGAAAUAGCCAUUUCGUUAAGUCGCAAAGAUUUUACUAAAACUUUUACUUUAUUGGCCAACAGAUUAUGUGCUAUUAUGAUCUCUUGUAAAAAUAUACGAAACAUAUGUAAAAUUAGAUAAAUUUCCCUUAGCCUCGUUUCGCUUCGUUUUUAAUAUUAUUUUCGGGAACAAAAGAAUCACUUUGUAUGGAUAAAAAUCUUUUUUUUAAAGAAAAAGGGACAAAGAAUCUGAUCGACAUUAACCUUCACGCAGACGUUUAACUAUUGUAACAGGAAACGUUUGUAAGCAGCCGCUCAUGUAGACUUAAAAUCACAGCUAUUGUGUCAAUCAUGAAAAUGAAGUAAAACCUUUGACGUCCUUGAGAAACAUAUGCCGCACUCGAUUUGUCAGCUAAUUUCGUUUAGUUAUUUUUUCUGCAAUAUAUUUGGACAGUUAAAUUUUUGUUUAUCUUCUGCUGUACUGAGAUUACACCAGCCUCCGCAUUAAGAAAAAAAAAAAAUCGGCGAGCGAAGAGAGCUGAGCGGUAGUCCACCGCUCCGCUCGCUUCGCCCUCUAAUUAUUUUUUUUUCUGUUUCACCCCGUUUUUUGCCUUUUUCCCCCACUUUGGGGUCUGGUCCCAGGCUACGAUUACCCUUUUUAAAGUAAAUAGUUAAGUAAUCUAAAUUUUAAAAAAUAAUAAUAAUAAAAUGAUAACAGUGGUUGUUAUGAAAAUAAAUAAUUCUAGCUGAAAACAUGGAACCACUUUACGCACCAUGAGUAACUUCAAAAUGACUAUUUAGAAAAUCACAGCGGAUAAAACGUUAAAGGAUGGAUGGCAAAAAAAAAAACACUUUUGUUCGCGCAUGAAAAUCGAAAGUUGAAAACGGAAAACAGUAUUCAACUCAGACAAAAGAAAAUCUGCACUUUUAUUUACUAGGCUUUGAUUCAUCGUUUACUAGAAACGAAACAAAUUCGAACAGGACGUUAAUUUCGAUACUUAGAGGCAUUAGUCGAUGUUUGGCUUCCCUGGAAAAAUCCACAGGUGAAUUCUCAACAGUAUGUAAAAACUGAGUGCUCUGAUGUGGCUUAGGGCCUAUAAUCACGAUUUCGGCUUGUGACUAGUUCAAAUCUACAAGGUUUGUUUAGAGUAUUCCGGAUACGCUUUUGUUUCACGCGCGUCUUGUGACAUGCAAGUCAGCUAAGAAAUGGUAUUUAAUGCGCAUAUGCAUCAGCUGACUGUGUCCCUUUAAACCUCAAUCCAAGUGAGAAGUAAGUGUUAAUGUUGGCUUAGGGGAGGGGUAGGUGGGCAGUUUCCCAGUAACGUAUCUUAAGUCUUGUUAUCCGGCCUUCUUUUGUUUUCCAUGCAUUUACUUUGGAGUAUUUUUAGACGCUUCAGAUGACGUAACCUUUGUCCAGCACAACUGACUUUUCUUCCAUUCAAACUGCAGCCAUGAAAUCGGGCGGCGACGAAAGGAAUAAAUGUUAUGGUAUGCGGUCAACAACUGCCCAAUUACUUGGAUAUAUAAUAUCAGUGUUCAGUGCUUUCCUGUACUAUUAUUUUCAAGAGGUUGAAAGUAAACACGAUGUUAAUUUAUAGGAGGUGCUAUAAAGGGGAUUAAAGUAGAACCUCGAUAACUCGCUCUGAUGGGAUUCCAGUUAUCGGGUUUGAUUGAAUGGUCACUUUGCCAUAUUAAUAGCUCAUGGUUUACCGUAAACUUCCAAUUAUAAUAGCCCUCCUCUCCCCACUUGUAAGCUCUCUAAUUUAAACUGCCUCGCCUCUAGUCGCUCGCGAUCGCUGGGGGAUAUUGAGUUCCCAUCAUCCCUCUCUCGUACUUUUCGCUUGUCUCGCUCGGCUUGUCUCGCGCGCUAGCGUGUUCUCCUACUUAGCCUUGGGAAGCCUGUGGAAGAGGCAGCUCAUUUAUAGGCCCAUCUACCGGUAAUCAAAGAAUACAUGCGUUUAUAAAAACUGGUAACUUAGUCCUCUACAACCACGCCCAAAGGGCUUUCGCUUAGAUGGAAUGACUCAGUUCAAUUAGAUCAAAAUUUUGCCUUAUAGUUAUUUAACAAUGUACAUUAAAAAAAAAAAAAAGAAGAAGAAUAGUUGAUAAAAAUGGGUUCGCAUCCCGUUGAGGUUCGGGAUUUUUUUUCGGGUUAAUUUGCAGUUGCUUAAAUUUCAAUUACCACUGCGACGAUCAUAUCUUCAUUUGAAAAAAUAACAAUAAAGUAUUUAAUUUCACUGAUUCAAGACAAUUUACAAUAUCAGCAGCAACAAAACAGUGCUUGGCAACUUUUGAAUCAUAAAAAUAAAAUAAUAAUAAUAACUAAAUAAAUAAAUCUACCUGGAGUUUUAAAAACCGGGUUGCCUGAAAUCUUAAGUCAAGUCCAGCACAUUGCAGGCAAUCUUUCAAAACUUAAUUUGCUUAAAGCCCUGAUACUUUUAGUGUAAAAAUAACAAUCUCACUCUUCAGGACUAACCACCCUCACCUCUUAAACAUGGGCUCCAAAAAACUUCCUGGAAUUGACAGAAAUCAGUGCAAAUUCCAGAAAAUUUGCACGAGGGCAGCAACAGCCCGGCCCGCCCCCGUUGGCCCAGCUAAUAUUUUUUGAGGGGGGCUUCCGUCAAACUAAGCGUCAUGUUGUUGAACAGUCAUGGGGCUUUCAUCUGGUAUGCAUUUGGGGUAGUCUGGUUAAAUUCCAGGGGGGUGGGGUUGUUGUAAAGACUAUGCUUUGUGCUAGAGUGCAGAUUUGCUGAGUUUUGUACCUGGGCUUACCCCUGUCUUUCAAAGCUCAAUGUCUCCCUCAAAUUAAGGGGGGGUUGUGUCUGGCUGGGUGCCAUGUUGUUGCACAGACACGGGGCUAUCGUCUGGUAUGCAUUUGGGGUAGCCUGGUUAAAUUCCAGGGGAGUGGGGUUGUUGUAAAGUUUGAUGUGUUUUUGCACUCUUAUGCAGUUUGUUUGUGCUGUUUGCAUGCAAUGCAAUGACCCACUCUGUUGAAAAUGUUCCUAGUCAGCAAGCAGUUGAACUGCUGGUUUUAGGACUUGGUUUUGUUGAGCAGAGUUGGCUUAGAUUGUUUUUGGGAGACCAGCUUCAAUUAAAAAUGGGGUGAACUGGUGAAUUGGCUUUGCAAUCGGUGACACCGACACUAAAAAUUGCUUCUUAAAAUGCCUUAUUUUCCAGAUUAAUGAGGAAAAUUUCACUUUUGUUACCUUCAAGACUGACGAUUCUAUCAAAUGGAAGCUCAUGUAUUCAAUAAUUUCUUUUUGACGUGAGAUUUGACUUUUCAAGUAACAAUGGCCAUCAAAUUAACAAUCAGUGCGAGAGACUGACAUUUUUUAGUAGCCCGGUUUUCAAAAAACUAGGUAUAAAUAAAUAACAAAAAUAAAAAGGUCGUUGAUGGGAGAAAAAACCCGAAAUAUUUUGGAAUAUUUUGGAAAGCUUACCCUUCCCGUAUCUAAAAAGUAUCUAAUCGGUGAAGUUAAAAGAGAGUGGAGUGGCAUAUUUUGAAAACGCUAUUUCUUUUGCUUUUCUUUCCUGUUUUGUUUUUGUUUGUCUUUUUUUUGCUCUCUGACAAAAAAAGUUCUCCAAGUUAUAGGCAUUUUCAGUCAUAAUUAUUACAUUAUACUGUCUUUUUUUAAAUUGGAUGGAUCUCGCUAUUUGUUGGGAUAUAGCAGUGUUAGGUAGCAUAUAAUUUAACGAGAUUAGAAUGGCAUAGGAAGAACUCAUUCAGUAUUAAAAUUUAAAGAUUAUAGUUACUUUAUAAUUUACCUCGUCAAAAUAACAAAAUGACAGUAAAUCAAAAGACAACGGUCUAUAGUUAGGGAUAAAAGGUAAUUAGUUGACAAAUGAUUCGAAAGGUGCGCUCGUUAUCAAAUAUUCUGUUAAUCGCAGAGGAAAGUUAAGGUUUUUACUUCAACGAUUGCGGUUUUGCAGUGAUCAGAGAUUGCUUCUUCUUCCUUCAAAAAUUAUUUUCACUGUUUCAAAGAGAUUAAAUACAAACCAAACAACCAAAAAACCCUAAAUAUAUAUUUUCUAAAGAAAACAAAAGUGAAAAAAAACCGAAACUAAGCUUUCAGGAAUUUUACAAGAUUUUCCAUAUGUUACUCCCUGCGUUUUAGUUACAGUGUGGGACCAACUUCCGUCCACAUAAUCAGCUAAAGAAAAGAAAUGACGCCAAUUGUAUAAGAAAAUAUUCAAGUCAGCUGUAAAAAGUACAUACAUUUAAGAAAAUUAACUCACUUUGGUUGCUUUACUCGUAACGUUCAAACAAAUUACAUUACUUGUAUGUACGCAACUCCAGUCAUAAGCUUUCCUCAAGUGAUAGCAGCCUUCCACGCACUUUUCGACGCGAUCGGUCUUCCUGGUAAUUUAUUAGUCAUAGUGACGAUCAUCCUCGAAUCAAGAUUUCAUGUGAUGCGAUACAUUUUACUGGCAAGUCUCGCUUUAUCAGACUUUCUUCUGUUGGUCCUCGUCAACUCAUUCCGCAUCAAAAGCAUAGCACAAGAACAUUGGUUAUAUGGCCAAACAAUGUGCUAUCUCAACCCAUUCUUUGUCAGAUACUUCUACAUCAACACGGUUCUUCACUUGCUGGCAGUGUCUUAUGAUCGAUACCUAGCGAUCGUCAAGUCGCCUUUGACGUACCAUGGCACCAUUACAAAAACCAGAGUAGCAUUUAUGGCACUUAUCUGGAUAAUCCCGAUUCCACUUUCCAUCGGUCCAUUCCUUGGUUGGGGAAAGUACGUUUACAACCCAGAGGUGUUCUUCUGCGAGCAGGGAUGGGCUGUGCAGAGUGAUUCAGCAAGAGGAAACACGAUCGUUUUACCGAUCGCGACGUUUAUUGUGCCAUUCGUGGUCAUUGUAUUCCUGAACGGGUCUGUGUACAAGGCGGCGCGAAGGCAGAUAAACGCCAUUGAAAACCAAGUGGCUGAAACUGAAAGCCCUCAGCAGCAAGAGAUCGUAUCGAGGAGGCUGAGCGACCGCAAGGCAGCUGUCGAUGUCACCAUCAUCAUCUCUGCGUUCGUGCUGUGCUAUCUCCCAGGCUGGCUCGUGGGCAUUUGCCGUCAGUUCGUUCCAGGAAUCGAUGUCCCGGCCGAGGUAAUUCUCGCCACAAACUGUACUUUCUUCGUCAGCACCCUGUGUAACCCGUUCAUCUACUCUAUCCGUAAAAGAGAAUUCCGUGCCGCAGUAAAGAACGUAUUCAGAUUGAUUGGAGUUUGUAUUUAG